AUGCUUGGGGCCUCCCGCUGCGUGCCUCGCCUUUACGGCGCCAACGUCGAGCUGUUAUACAAGCUGGUUGGCGCCACUACCACUGCCGAUCUCUUGUCACGGCUUGGUUUCGUCGCCCACCCGAAAGCUGGGCUUGUCCAUUGGCUCCCACCGGGGCUCGCCAUCCUCAACCGGGUGGAGCUGAUUGUCCGCAAAAACAUGGAUAAUACUCAAUUUGAGGAGGUUAGUCUUCUGUUGUUGAGUCACAAUGAGUUGUGGAAGCGGCUGGGCCGGUGGCAGCUGCUGCUGGAGCUAUUCAAGCUCAGCGGUGAUGAGUACCUUGUAGUGCCUACAGCCGAAGAGGAUAUCACUGAUUACGUGGCCCUGCUGAUCACUUCUUACAAACAACUUCCUUUGCGUUACUAUCAGAUCAAUCAGAAGUUCCGCAAUGAGCUCCGACCCAGAGGGGGUUUACUUCGUGGUAAAGCGUUCAUGAUGAAGGAUGCCUACAGUUUCGAUGCCAGCGAGGAAAAUGCUAUGAAAACUUACGACCAAGUUGUUGAACUGUACCACCGCAUAUUUAAGGAACUUAAAGUGCCCUACGUGGUGGCUAAUGCUGAUCUGGGGGAUAUUGGUGGUAACUUAAGUCACGAAUGGCACAUCUCCCACUCCACCGGGGAAGACACUGUGUUUACAUGCGACUCUUGUGGCCACACCAGUAACAUUGAAAAGACUACUAGUUACCCUGAAGAAGCCACUGACGUUAACGACGUCGCCGUCCAUUACUUUGGCACUACCGAUAAGCAAACGGUGGUGUGUGCCUAUUACCCCGCCUCGCGCAAAUUGGAUGCCAACUUAGUCAAACUUGAAGUACCUGAUAUAGACUUGAAUUGGACUGACCAAGACGCUAUCGUCGCCCAUUUCACCGCCGAGGAAGGGUUACUUUCACGUAAAGUGGUGCGGAUGAUGGACCUGCGGCUCACGCUGCGGUCAAACUUCCCCGACUUUCCCUUCCCCUUUGUCAACCGGAUCAACAUCACCAUGCUCACUGAUGUUCCCAUCGUGUCUGCUGAAGCAGGCGAGAUCUGUGGCCAAUGUGAAGAUGGCAUUUUACAAGCGUCCAAAGCGAUUGAAAUUGGCCACACUUUCUACUUGGGGACCAAGUACCUGGAGCCUAUGGGCUGUGAAAUCGAUAUCCCUGAUUCUACGGGUAAAUCCGUACGUCAACCGCUUUACAUGGGGUGCUAUGGUAUUGGUCUUCUGCGGAUCAUUGCUGCUGUUGCCGAGAUCAAUCGUGAUGAACACGGUCUCAGAUGGCCAGCGGCAUUGGCUCCGUGGUCGCUUACGGUGGUGGAAGCCGGUAAAGACUCUAGUGCGUACGCCGACUUCUACAAGGACUUAGAUGAGGCUGGUAUUAACUACCGCAUCGACAACCGUGCCAAAGUCGGUAUUGGUCGCAAGAUCAACGACUCCAACAUGAUGGGGAUCCCCUUGGUGGCGAUUUUGGGCAAACACUACCCCACUGUGGAAGUGGAAGUGCGUGGUAAACGCCUUCUGGAGCUGUGGCAGGACGUCUACGCCUCCGGUGAAUUUGACUGGGACGUGACUUACGACGACAACGGCAAAGAUACUAAGCACAUGGUGCACAAACGCGGGUUCGCCAAGGUGGUGGCGGCUCUCCUCCACGACAUGUAA